AUGAAGGGGAGCAGAGGAGUAACAGCAUGGACAUGCAUGGGAUGCACGGGGAACCACAGCAGGGAAGGGAAGGGAGGAACCACAGCAGGGAGGGGAGGAGGGGAACCACAGCAGGGAAGGGAGGAGAGGAACCACAGCAGGAAGGGGAGCAGGGGAACCACAGCAGCGAAGGGAAGAGAGGAACCACAGCAGGGAGGGGAGCAGGGGAACCACAGCAGGGAGGGGAGGAGAGGAACCACAGCAGGGAGGGGAGCAGGGAAACCACAGCAGAGAAGGGAGGAGAGGAACCACAGCAGGGAGGGGAGGAGGGGAACCACAGCAGGGAAGGGAGGAGAGGAACCACAGCAGGGAGGGGAGCAGGGAAACCACAGCAGGGAAGGGAGGAGAGGAACCACAGCAGGGAGGGGAGCAGGGGAAUCACAGCAGGGAAGGAGAGAAGGGAACCACAGCAGGGAGGGGAGCAGGGGAAUUACAGCAGGGAAGGGAGGAGAGGAACCACAGCAGGGAGGGGAGCAGGGAAACCACAGCAGGGAAGGGAGGAGAGGAACCACAGCAGGGAGGGGAGGAGAGGAACCAUGGCAGGGAGGGGAGCAGGGGAACCACAGCAGGGAAGGGAGGAGAGGAACCACAGCAAGGAGGGGAGCAGGGAAACCACAGCAGAGAAGGGAGGAGAGGAACCACAACAGGGAGGGGAGCAGGGGAACCACAGCAGGGAAGGGAGGAGAGGAACCGCAGCAGGGAGGGGAGCAGGGGAACCACAGUAGGGAGGGGAGCAGGGGAACCACAGCAGGGAGGGGAGCAGGGGAAUUACAGCAGGGAAGGGAGGAGAGGAACCACAGCAGGGAGGGGAGCAGGGGAACCACAGCAGGGAAGGGAGGAGAGGAACCGCAGCAGGGAGGGGAGCAGGGGAACCACAGCGGGAGGGGAGCAGGGGAACCACAGCAGGGAGGGGAGCAGGGGAAUUACAGCAGGGAAGGGAGGAGAGGAACCACAGCAGGGAGGGGAGCAGGGGAACCACAGCAGGGAAGGGAGGAGAGGAACCACAGCAGGGAGGGGAGCAGGGGAACCGCAGCAGGGAAGGGAGGAGAGGUGCGCCGGAGUAACAGCAGGGAGGGGAGCACAUCGCUCUACAUUUUUCCCGGUCGCCUUCCUCUCUCGCGCUUCGCCUAUCCCUCUCCUGCCGCCUUCCUUUCGCCCGUCGCCCUCCUCUCUCCCGUCGCCCUCCUCUCUCCCGUCGCCCUCCUCUCUCCCGUCGCUUAUCCUAUCUCCCGCCGCCUUCGCUCUCCCAUCGCCUUCCGCGCUCUCUCUCCCGUCGCCUUCCACGCUCUCUUUCUCGUCGCCUUCGCGCUCUCACUCCCGUCGCCUUCGCGCUCUCACUCCGGUCGCCUCCGCGCUCUCUUUCGCGUUUCCUCCGCACUCUCUCUCCCGUCGCCUCCGCGCUCUCUCCCUUCCCCGCCCGUCUUUCUUCCUCUAUCCGCUCCCCUCUUGUCCCUAUUAUCUAGCCUUCGCCCUGUCUCUCUACCCUUCCCCCCCCGUCUCCCUUGCUCUCUCCCCUCCCUCUCGUCGCCUUCGCAGUUUCCACUUCCCUUCCCCCUCGUCACCCUCUCUCUAAACCCUCCCUUCCUAUCGACCUCCUUUUCUCCCCUCCCCUCCCGUCACCCUCGAUGCAGUCGUCGUCUUGGCGCUCUCCCUAUUGUCGCAUGUCUCCUCUCCCUUCCAUCGCAUGCGCGCUCUCCCUCUUGUCCCCUUCGUCCUCUCUCUCCCGACGCCAACGCGCUCUCCCUGUUGUUGCCUUCGCCUUCUCCCACCCGUCGCCUUCGCGCUCUCACGUCCCGUCGCCUGCGCGCUCUCCCGCGCGUCGGCAUUGCGCUCACGUUCCUCCUCUCCCCUCCCAUCUCGUCAGGGAGAAGACGCAUCAUGCUUUAUAUCACACUCUCCCUCACGCUUCACCCCACGCUCUCCCGCAUGCUUCACAUCACGCCCUCCCUCACGCUCUCCCUCACGCUGCGCAUCACGCUCUCCCUCGUGCCUGCACUCCUGCCUGCCCUCCUGCCUGCCCUCAAGCUCUCUCUCACGCCUGCCCUCACGCUCUCCCUCACGCUCGUCCACACGCUUAUGCCCUUUCUCCUUGUCGUCUACAUCUUCUGCACGUCAUGUAGCACCAGUCGCGUCUUGUUGUCCUUUUCUCUUAUUCUUGGUGAUGUUACUUACAACAUGCAUAAACUUCCGUCCGCCCCUCCGCCUGCGUGA